UCUUUAAGUUGCUUGAAGACUGAAAAUAAAUUAUUACAAAAAAGAACUCUGAGAACAGGAGGCAAAAAAAUAUUCACAUGUCCUCAGUGUGGAAAGAGUUUUACACUGAAUGGAGAUCUACAGAAGCAUAUGAGAAUUCACACCGGAGAGAAACCUUUCAAAUGUACUCAGUGUGGAAAGAGUUUCACGCUAAAAGGAAACUUUAAUGUUCACUUAAAACUUCACUCUGGAGAGAAGCCUUUCACCUGCCAUCAGUGUGGAAAGAGUUUCGCACUAAAAGGAGAUCUUCAGAGGCACCUGAGAAUUCACACUGGAGAGAAGCCUUUCACUUGCCCUAAGUGUGGAAAGAGUUUCACACAAAAAGAAAGCCUUAAGAGGCACCUAAGUCUUCACUCUGGAGAGAAGCCGUUCACAUGCCAUCAGUGUGGAAAGAGUUACACAGAUAGAGGACAGCUUGAGAUUCACAUGAGAAUUCACACUGGAGAGAAGCCUUUCACAUGCCAUCAGUGUCGAAAGAGUUUCUCAAAGAAAGGAAUCCUAAAGUGUCACUUAAGAAUUCACACUGGAGAGAAGCCUUUCAUGUGUCUUUAUUGUGAAAAGACUUUCACACAAGCAGGCCAUCUCACAACUCAUCUGCGCUCUCACUCUGGAUUAAAGCCAUUUAACUGUGAUCAGUGUGGCAAAAAUUUUACUUUGGCAUCACACCUAAGGGUACAUCGGACAAGCCAUACAAAUGAGAAGCCUUAUGUGUGUUCUUUGUGUGGAAAGAGUUUCAAUAGUUCAGGACACCUGAGAACCCAUGAGAGAGUGCAUACUGGAGAGAAGCCAUACCACUGCACUCAGUGUGGGAAGAGUUUCACCCAGUCAGGUCAUCUACAGAGACAUUUAAAAAAGCAUUGUCCAAAGUUCAUAUCUAGGGUCAACACUUAACUAAUACUAUUUUAAUGUAAUGCAGCUUCAGUCAGAUCACUAGAUCUGCUUGCUGUAAUAGUUAGAAAAUCAUAAAAUCUGGAAAAGUACAUAGGGACAGAAUAAUUACGUUAGAAUGCAUAUAAAUUACUUAAACAAUUAUUUACCAGAAGUCAUUAAUAUUAGACAUUUAACCUUAAAUCACAUGAAAAGAGACUUAUUUAAAUUGAAUUCACUUUAUUAUUUCUGUGUCACCAUUGAAUUGAGUUUUAGAGAUUUCUGUAAAGAUUAUUAGCAAUUAUCUUUAAAGUUCCUGCUCCGUAUAUACAGUUCUGGUAUUUGAACAGAAACAGACAUAGCUCACUGAACAAGAGUGAGGACAUAAGCGUGAAAGUGUAGGUGCAGAGAUUUAGAAAGAAUUUGUUUUAAUUGACAGUGAGCUCUUAUAUUACUUGAGAGGAACUCACAUCAAGAGCCAGUAGAUAGAGCCUUUCUUGAGCAGACAACUAGAUCACUCUUGCUAUAUACACUCAUAUCUGUACAUGACCUGGCAAACAGAUCUAACUAUCCACCUUUUUACUGAACACGGAAGUGUUACAUGAUUGGACUGUUUUUGAUUUCCGGUCUCCAGUGUUUUCACUCGCAUCUGCGAAUAUUCUUAGUAGGUAAUGUUGAAGGAUUACGUUUGUAAAACGAGAUGACUGUUUUUUGGACAGUGCCUCACCUCAAUCGCCCUAGGCUAGUUAUGUUGAUGUCAUUAAGUACUUUGAGUUAUGACAGCCAACAACUGCACAAGUUGAGCCUGAAAUUCAGUUUUACUCCCAAAAAACUUUCGUCUGUAUCAUUGGUUUCUGUAGUUUUUACAUUGUGUCUCGAGAACAGAAAACAGGUAAUUAGUAUAAUCAUGGUGCCGCCCAAUGGUUGCUCAGGAAAACUGUGGAUAAGACCAAGAUUGUUCCUGGAUGAAGAAGGUGAAAACUGUUAAAAUGCUAAAAUAUUUCAGUGAAGUGUUGAGUGCCUAUAUGUGAUGUGCAUGUGACUUUGAGGACAUAAAGAAAUCAAACUGCUGUGUAGGUUUUCUGUGCAAAAAUUGAAAUAAAAUUGACCAAAAAGACAAUGUAAAAUAGCAUGAUUCUGUGCUUAAUCUUUUGAUAUCUGAAGCAAUGAUGCAUGAGAAGAUGUGCAAAUAACAUCCUGCAGCUUUAAAGUGAACAGAAAUUGACAAGACUGAAUGAAUGUGUGAGCAGAGAGUAGGGCUGGGUAUCGCCAGCCACCUCACAAUAUGAAACGUAUUGCGAUACAUGUCACGAUUCGAUAUAUCACAAAACAUAGGGAUAUCACGAUUUUGAUUCGCAAGCUUUCAAUUCCAAUUAAUGUGGGUAUACAGUAUUUCAGUAUAAUAUCCAUUUUGCUUAAAGUAUGAAAGAAAUUCUCUUUCAGCUAAUGCUAUCAUUAAUUAUGCAGGGGACUUUGUUACUUGGUAAAAUUGUGGAAAUAUUAAUUUUACAAAUUUUAUUUUCAUUAAUAUUUUAGCAUUUUGAUAACAUUUUAGCUUUUAAAAAUGUACACAUUCCAUGAAUACCAUCAAUAAAUAUGAUGUCUUGAAAUUGCAUAUAUUAUGUUGCGCAUAUAUAUAAAUACACAGCUCUGGAAAAAAGAGACCACUGCAAAAUUAUCAGUUUCUCUGGAUUUACUAUUUAUUGGUAUGUGUUUGAGUAAAAUGAACAUUUUUGUUUUAUUCACUAAAGUACUGACAACAUUUCUCCCAAAUUCCAAGUAAAAAUAUUGUCACGAAGAGCAUUUAUUUGCAGAAAAUGACAACUGGUCAAAAUAACAAAAAAGAUGCAGUGUUUUCAGACCUCGAAUAAACACAAUACUAAUGUUUUAACCUAGGAAGGAUUUUUUUCUUUCCCUCUCUCUCUCUCUCACUGUCGCUCUGCCUUGCCCUUUCCCUCUCCACUUUUCCCUCCCCUUGUCUCCC